AUGAUGACGGCCCUCCCCACUUCCGCUUUUUUCCUUCUUUCCUUCGGGCACCCGAGCCUCUUCGUGAAACUUCAGUCAGCUGCUCUCCUCCUCCCUCUGUCGUCCUUCUCUCCCUCUGUCCUUCUCCUCUGUCGUUCUCCUCUGUCGCUCUCCUCCCUCCCUCUGUCGUUCUUCUUCUUCCCUCUCCUUCUCCCCCUCUUCUCCAUCCUUAGGGUAUCACCCACUACCCCCUUAUCGUUUAUCGCUGCCCUACUCCACCACCCCCACUGGGUACCAGUCAGGCAGAAUAUCCCAAAUCAAACCCAACCCAAAGGCCACAAGCUGCAGCUGCAGUCCAUUCUCAACCACUCGGCGGACUUUGUUGCGACCCACGAACACCCAACGACGCUCUCUGCGCCGCCCGACCCUUCUCGUUUCUGCCCGCCUAAUUUUCCCACCAAUUUCGAUGGAGACGUUGCGAUCUGGAAUACACCACCACUUCACACUCUCCGCACGUUGACAGAGCCCGACCAUCUGCCCUUCGCAAGCCUCCCCUGGCGAUCGGCAGGUUCGCCGUCAAAAGUCCAGUCGCCCGGUUGGGCGAGAGACGUUGCAGAGGAAGACACAACACUGAGCGCGAGCAAGUGA